ACUCCUGGUAAACAGCGGUGGGAGGGACGAGGCCAGCUCCUCGAGAUGGGGAGAGAUGCUGGAUGCUAGGGACCGAAGCCUGCCCUGCACUUAGGCCUCCUCCAGCCAAUGCUGCCAGGGAUCACUGACCUGCUGGCCAGCCAGGGCCCGAUCCCGGGAGGCCCUCCUCCUGACUUGCCGACGUCGCUCAGCUCCAGGCAGUAGAGAAUUCGGGAAGGUCGCAGAGCCAACAUGGAUCCCGACAGCGAUCAACUCCCGAACAGCCUUGAUGUCACCCCCCUGCACAAAUCCCGCACCUCCCUGGAGACCUUCAGAAAGGUGGGGUUCCCCAUCAUCGCAGCACUGCUGAGCCUGCUGACCAUCAUGGCCGUGGCUGUCCUCAUCAAGGCGGUUCUGGACAACUACUUCCUCUGCGGGCCCCUCCACUUCAUCCUGAGGGGGCAGGUGUGUGAUGGCCAGCAGGACUGUGCCUCAGGGGAGGAUGAGCAGCACCGUGUCAAGAAAUUCCCCUAUGGGCCUCCAGUGGCAGUCCGCCUCUCCAGGGACCGAUCCACCCUGCAGGUGCUGGACCUGGCCACAAAGAACUGGGCCUCCGCCUGUUUCGACAACUUCACAGAAGCUCUGGCCAAGACAGCCUGUGGGCAGAUGGGCUAUGACAGCAAACCCACCUUCAGAGCCGUGGAGAUCGGCCCAGCCCAAGACCUGGAUGUUGUCAAAAUCACAGAGAACAUGCAGGAGCUUCAGGUGCGAAACUCAAAUGGCCCCUGUCUCUCAGGCUCCCUGGUUUCCCUGCAGUGCAUUGCCUGCGGAGAGAGCCUGAAGGUCCCUCGGGUGGUGGGUGGGGAGAUGGCCUCUGCGGAUUCUUGGCCUUGGCAGGUCAGUAUCCAGUAUGACAAACAACACAUCUGUGGAGGGAGCAUCCUGGACCCGCACUGGAUCCUCACGGCAGCCCACUGCUUCCGGAAGCGUCUCGAUGUGUCCAACUGGAAGGUGAGGGCCGGCUCAGCCAAACUGGGCAACUUCCCAUCCCUGCCUGUGGCCAAGAUCUUCAUCAGUGAGUCCAGCAUCACGUCCCCCAAAGAGCAGGACAUUGCCCUCGUGAAGCUGCAGAGCCCGCACACAUUCUCCGGCACAGUCAGGCCCAUCUGCCUGCCCUUCUCUGAUGAGGAGCUCGCUCCAGCCACCCCACUCUGGGUCAUCGGAUGGGGCUUUACAGAAGAGAACGGAGGGAAGAUAUCUGACAUACUGCUGCAGGCAUCUGUCCAGCUCAUUGACAGCACUCGGUGCAAUGCAGAGGAUGCGUACCAGGGGGAGGUCAACGAGAAGAUGCUGUGUGCAGGCAUCCUGGAAGGAGGUGUGGACACCUGCCAGUCUGAUCCAUGAUGCUGCUGCCCCCCCUGCAGUGCUGGAAACUGCUUCCCCCCACCCCACCCUGUCCACCUGGGGGUCCCCCAGAAGUCAGGCACAGAGCAAGAGCCCCCUUGGGCACACAUCUCUGCCCACACCCUCAGCAUAUCUUGGUGCAGCAAAGGACCUCCAUUCCCGUAAGAGAUCCCACAGCCCACAGGCACCCAGGAAGUCAGCAGCCCCAGCUCAGCUGCCUCUGAUGCUCCCAGCACCCCAAGGUGGGAGAGACACAGCCCACUGAACAAGCCAGCUUCCAGGCUGAGGUCUCAGAAGGCAUUGCUAAGCCAAGAAGGAAACUUCUACUCUGCUGAAUAGAAACAGAUGCUCUUCUGAGAGCCCAGAUCACCAAGGGCUGGAGAGAGGCACGAAAGGGUCUGAGCAAACCCUCUCCUUCCCCACACAUCCCCAAGCCCACGUGAACAAGAAACCAGUUAUAAUGGAAAAUGAGCUGUCCUGCUGUUGGCACAAACACUGUUUCUUACUAUUGUUAUUAUUGUUACCUCUGUGGCCAC